GGGAUCAGUUAUCCAUUCGUUUGAACAACAACAACAGUAAAUUAGAAAACAUGAUGAGUUAAGGCUACUUUUUGUUACCUUUAGACAGAAUAGAAGAAAGAGAUUUCGAUCAUCAUCUUCUUCUUGUCUUCAACGUUAUCAUCAUCAUUAAUUCCCGUGCAACUCUCACUUUCUAGUCUUUCGUUUCGUUUUUUCGCCUUUUUAUCUUCUCUCAUCCUCUCUCAUUUCCCCUUACUUUUCUCUCUCCUUCUCUCUCUCUCUUUCUCUGUUUUUCUCCCUUCCAUUCGCUCAAUUUGUAUUUAUCUUACUUUCUCUGUUAUUUUCUCUCUCUCUCUCUCUCUCUCUCCUUUAUUUAUCUCUAUUUCUCCCUCUCUCAAUUUCUCUCAAUUUUUCUUAUCUCUUUUUUUUCUCUUUUCUUGUUCUCCUGUGUAUGUUUCGUGUCUAUGUUUCUGUCUUUCAUGAUUGUCACAAAUCACUCUUCAUCUGUCUAAUUUCUCUGUCUGUGUUAAAUCAUCCCUCAUCAUCUUCAUCUUCAUUUUCAUUAUCAUCUUGGUCUUUUUCGUAUUCUCUAUCGUCAUCUUCACCUCUUUCUGUUUCUCUUGUUUCUUCAACUCAAUGUUUAUCAAAGAGAAACAUAAACACAGUGCCAUUGCCUCUUCGGAGGUUAAACAACGCCUGCAAGAAUUUGUUUUAAAUAAACAGCGAGAGGCUAAUCAACAAAAACCACAAUCAAAUCAACUACCACCACAACAACAACCUCAACCACAACAACCACCACCAACAUCCCAAUCACCACAACAACAACAUCAACAACAAUUACCAACACAAGUAUCGACAUUAGCACAACACCACCACCACCUUCAGCAUCAUCAUCACCAUCAACCACAACAACCUCAUCGCAAUGCAACCGGAUCAGUGUGUAAUUCAAUUACGGGAACAAUCAACAAUGGACAACCACCGGGUACCUGUAAAUCCUCCAUAACCAAUAAUUCAAAUCAAUUCGUACACCUUGCUUGGAAUCCAGUCUCUGGAAAAUAUGAAGAAAACUUAAGCACCUUAAGGAAAACAGCUUCCGAACCUAAUUUAAAAGUGCGAUCAGCAUUAAAGCAAAAAGUUAUCGAACGGAGAAGUAACCAAUCACCUCUUCUCAAACGUAAAUUACCUAAAAAUCGAGGUCGACAUGGUCCAAUAUCGACUGGAUCAUCUUCCCUAGUGCAUCAACAUUCCUUGUAUGGAUCUAUCACCGAAGGCUCAGCUUCGGCUCCUGUUUCCGCAUCAUCAUCAAUGAUACAAGAAAAUAGUCCACCAACAAGUCCCUAUGGAAGUUCAUCGAUAAAACCUUUGGAUUCAGAUAAUUCAGGGAAUUUGCUUUCUCAUUCUUCGCAUCCAGAUGAUUGUCAUAUAACUAAUUUUAUAACCGGAAAUCAUAUUGACAGGGGAGGAGGAGGCAGUGGGAAUGGUAGUCCUCCAUUGCAUUCGUCGUCGCUUCAUCAUUCGGGAGCCAUUCUAUCACAUUCUUAUGUCCAUCCUCAUCCACAUCCAGCCACCACUCAUCAUGUAGCCUCAAUCGAUGGUUCAAUUGGUCAUCCGACGAUAAUUAAGUCAAACCAUCGUCGAUUAGGACGAACUCACUCAGCACCUCUUCCUUUAGGUCACCUUAAACUACAUUCAGCCUCUUCGUCACCCGUCUCAUCACUUACUACUUGUACCACAUCUUCAUCUCCCUCUGACCAUCAAUCGUCAACACCUCAACAAGUAACACCUUCAUCAUCAUCCCAACAUCAUCGGAAUCUUGUUAAACAACAUAUUAGGCAAACGGUGUUAACCCGAGCUUCAAGUAAACAACAACUUCAAAGUCAAAGUUUCGAAGAGGAAACAGAAGCGGCAAUUGCUCAAGAUGAUAUGGUUGAUUCACCGCUGGGGGCUAUGGGAGUUACAUCAUCUUCCAGUGGAGUGGGAACUAUGGGAUCAGCAGCAUCUACACCUCCACUAACAGGAUCGAUAUCCAAUUUACCUGGUGGAAGCAGCAUUCCAAGUCGAAAAGAAAGAAUCAAACGCCAAUACUCACAAGAAGCACCACCCACACCGGAAGAGGGAACAUCUUCUUGUUCAAUAAGUGGAAUUGAGUCAAGUUAUUCAAUCGAUUAUUUAGCUAGUGGGAGUGGGUCAGGUUCGGUUGGUUCAGCGUCGAGUGGAUGUAAAUCUCGAGAAGCAACACCAACCGAAUUGGGAGGAAUUGUAAGAACGGGAAGCGGUGGAAAUGGUAACACAAGUGGGGGAGAACCGAUCAUGAUGAAACAAUCGAGUCAUGAACGGGAAGCAUUCCUUGCCCAACAACGGGACUUGAUAUCACCUCAAUUGCAAAUGCCCCCAAUUCAAGAUCCCGCUUUAUAUGAGCAAAUUAUUUAUCAACUUCAACAACAACUCAUUUUAUUUCAAGGACAACAACACAGUCAACCCUCCCCUCCGAAUCAUCAAUCCUCUUCCUCACUGCACCAUUCAAAUUCAUCCGUAAUAACAUCACAUCCACACCAUCCCUCACAUGGACAUCCACUUCCACCUCCACCACCACCGCCACCACCUUCCACUGUUGUUACUCAUCAUCACCCUCAUCAUCCACUCCAUACAAUAUCAUUGCUUCCAGAAGGAAAUCAAUAUCCACAGAUUCUUUCUCAUUCCCGUUAUCCAUAUUACGACUCAACUCGUCCACUUUCCCGAGCCUCAUCAAGUCCUUUUGUAGCACUUAAAUCAUCGUCUUUGGAAAAGUCGUCAUCUCUCUCACCACCAAUUAACUCUAGAAAAUCAACAACAGGCUUAGCCUACGAUAAUCUUAUGCUCAAACAUCAAUGUUGCUGUGGAGAUAAUUCCUUCCACCCUGAACACUCUGGUCGAUUACAAUCGAUUUGGGCUCGUCUCCAAGAAACUGGUCUUGCCUCAAGGUGUGAAAAGAUUCGCUCACGAAAAGCAUCACUAGAAGAUGUCCAAUUAUGCCAUUCAGAAGCUUAUUCCUUACUUUUUGGAACUAGUCCUUUAAACCGACCAAAACUGGAUGCCGCCAAAUUGGCCGAGUUACCGAUUAAAUCUUUCGUUAUGUUAGCCUGUGGUGGGAUUGGCGUCGAUUCUGAUACAACUUGGAAUGAGCUACACACCGCAUCGGCUGCGUUAAUGGCUGUUGGCUGUGUAUGUGAAUUGGCCUUGAAAGUUGCUCAAGGUGAAUUGAAAAAUGGUUUUGCCAUUGUAAGGCCUCCAGGUCAUCACGCUGAAGUUAACCAGGCGAUGGGAUUUUGUUUCUUUAAUUCCUUGGCCAUUGCAGCUCAAAUGAUACGAAAAAAGCACAACAUGGAAACUAUUUUAAUUGUUGACUGGGAUGUUCACCAUGGUAAUGGAAUUCAGCAGAUUUUUUAUGACUCAUCUCAUGUACUGUACAUUUCACUUCAUCGUCAUGAUGAUGGUAACUUUUUCCCCGGUACCGGUGAUCCAACUGAAAUCGGUAUUGAAGAUGGAACUGGUUUCAAUGUGAACAUCGCCUGGUCCGGUGGAAUAUCCCCCGAAACUAAAGGUGACGCUGAAUAUUUGGCAGCUUUUAGGUCAAUUGUUUUACCAAUUGCCAAAGACUUUGAUCCGGAAAUUAUUCUGGUCGCUUGUGGGUUCGAUGCUGCCGCUGGUCAUCCACCACCAUUGGGAGGUUAUCAAGUGUCACCAGCAUGUUUCGGCUGGAUGACCAAACAAUUGAUGAAAUUAGCUAACGGAAAACUUGUCUUAGCAUUAGAAGGAGGGUACGAUUUACCUUCGAUAUGUGAUUGUGCCCAAGAAAGUGUAAUGGCCUUGCUCGGGGAUGAGACAACUCCUAUUAAUGACCAAGAGCUCAAUCGACAGCCAUCUCAACAGGCCAUUGAUACACUUAAAAAAGUUAUUAACAUUCAAGCUGCUCAUUGGCCUGUAGUUAAACGUUACGCUCAUCUCAUUGAAUGUUCACAUUUGGAAGCUCAAGAAGCCGAUAACGAUGAGUUCGGAGCACCCGCCUCAGCAUUGGCCUCUCUUACCAUGAAGCAUUUAAAUUCUCAACCUUCAAGUGAGGAACCAAUGGAUCAAGAUGUGGAUAAAUGAAAAUCUUAAUCAACCAAAGUGAUAGAAGCAAUUAAAAUAGAAAAGAAUCUUUGUCAAAAUUAUAAUCGAAAGUGAUGUUUACACCAUGAUGACAAUUUUGAUUGCGAAAACAAAUUGUUAUUGGUUAAACUUUUUUUCAUUUCUAAAGAAACCAGAUUAUAAUCCAAAGGGAAUAUUUCCAUUGCUUUAAUUAACGAUGACAAUGAUUAAAUUUAAUCAUGGAUAUUAAAUGAAAGACAACAAGGUGACACUGAUAAUAAUCAUUUCAUGUGCAUCAUCAUCAUUGUUAUCAUUCAUAUUGUGUUGAUUAACCAGACCCACUUGGUAUGAAAUCCACCACCACCACCACCUCCAACCACCAACCAUCACCAUCGUCAUUAUCAUCAAGGUACAUUCAUAUACGUAAACCGCAAGGUACACCAAGCAAGAAGGAUAAAGAUAUUAAUGACAAUUAAUAGCAACAAUUAACCAACCAGCAAGUUUCUCAUUGGUGAAAAACUGAUCAUCAACAACUACAAACCAUUCACAACCGCACCCUCCAAAGAUCAUCUUAUGCCAAAACACACACACUUUGCUAUAUAAUUAAUAAUAUUACUAUUGUUAUUAUUAUCAUCAUGAUUAUAAUUACUUUUAUUAUUAUUGUCUAAUGUUUUAAUUUAGAUAAUGAUAAUAUUAAGACAACCUCCACUCUUGUUUAACAACAAUCCCCUUAAUCUGAUCAUCUAUCAAUCUACUACUCUAAUCAAUUUUAACUAUUACCUCUAUUUCCGUCUUGGUCAAAGUAAUUGAAGCAAACAAGAUUGACCCAAGAAGCCAAUUAAUUGGCUAAUUAAUAUAAAUAUGAUAUUGUAACAAUAACUUAGACUCGUAAUUCGUAUUAAGUGUUAAUCACUGUCUCUCUUUCUCAUAUACAAAAACAACCAAUUAGAAAUACAAUUAGCUAAUUGUUAAUAAGAAAUCUUGUUUGCUUCUCUCUCUCUCCCUCUCUCUCUUUAAUUGUCACAGUUUAAAAGUUAAAUUACCAAUUAAUCUUUAUUGGUAAUCAAGAUUUGUAAUCUUAAUCCUUUGAGAGACAAAAAGCUCAGUUAAUCCUGCUAAUCAAAAUUUUCUACCCACAAUUAAUGAUUAGCAAUUCUCAAUCAAUCGGACCAUAUUUGUUACUUUAUAGCUUCACUGUUAAAAAUUGUCACCCAAAAUCCAUAACCAAUCAAUACAAUAAUGAAAACAAUUUAAGUCAACAAAAAAUUCACAACCAAAUAAGAAACAUAAUUAACACUCAUGGAAACUUGUUUACAUAUUAUGCUAUUUAAUAAGAAGAUAAAAAAAAACCAAACAAUUAUAAAUAUUAUAAGAUAAUAUCAUACAAUACAAUUAAUAUAUUAAUCUAUUGCUACAAUUGAUUGUUAAUUAGCCUUUGGUUUUCCAAGAAAAAAAAGACAAGAAUCUAAUUCAAGUUCAUCUUAAUAGCCUUUGCCUUUCUCUUACACUCCCUGAUUGUUUUCCUUAAUUUGAUAAUAUAAACUUAAUUGUCUUGCCAGAAAAACUUUUCUCAAUGAAGAAUCAGAAAAAGUUUAAAAUUGUAAUUGAAAUGAAUCAACAUCGAGAUGAAUGAAUCUGCUGAACCCUCAACAACCACCAAGGAAUCACCUUUGCAUUUGACUAAUUUGUUUAAUUACAAUUUACUUGAAGACAAAACAAUGAUUUGCCAUCAUCAUCCUCAUCCUCAUCCGCAUCCUCAUCUAAUAUACAUAUGAUUAUAUUUUGUUUCUUGUCUCUUUGUUCAAUGUCAAUACCUUGUCAUCUAUUUCCCACUCCCACUCUCAUCUUGACACCACUUCCACCUCCACCCUGAGCAUCUCAUCAUUUUCUGUAUCUUAACUCAUAUUUUGUUUCUGUUUAUCUUUUUCGUUCAUUUCUCUUGUUUUCUUGGUCGAUUGGCUUAAUUGUCUAAUUAUCAUUUCUAUUACCAUAAUUAUUAUUAUGCCAAAAUUGUUAACAAACAAAUAAGAUUUUCUAAUCAUUGACACACACCUCUGAUGAUAAUUAAUGAUGAAAAGAUGAUCAAGACUAAAUUAACUAAGGAAUCAACCAGUUUCUCUAAUUAUUUUACAGUAAACUUUAAGUUAUUUUGUAAUUAACGAAAUGAUUAAUGUUAAAUUUUUGUUCCCUUUGUAACAAUCAUCAACAUAAUUAAUUGUUUUCGACGUUA